AUGGGAGCCGCUGCCUGUACGGCCUUCGCGACGCGAUUGCGGCAAUUUCUUACCGGAAACCCGAAUGCAGCUCACAUUGCUCGAACUCAAUACACACCAGAGGCAUUACUACUCCAGGGAGAGACCCAAUGGCCGGGCCUGCCACAAGCUCGUUUACUCGUCCGCAUUGCAUUCAACCAAUUAAGCCGCGUAUAUCAUCUUUUCCUGCGCAAAUCUACCCUGGAGCAAUUGGAGUCAAUCUAUCGAGACCCAUCUAAGCAGGAUGAUCCGUCUUUGACAUGCAAAUUUUUCGCUCUUUUCGCCUUAGGGGAAGUAUACUCCUCUCGAUCUGAUCCUUCGACUCAAGGUCGUGUGCCAGGUACCAGAUAUUACGUUCGAGCAAUGAAUUUGACACCCAUUCUACCAGAGCGGCCUGCGUUGAUUCAUAUCGAAAGUCUGUUGCUAUUGUCUCUUUUUUCAUACUUCCUCAAUCGACGUCAUGCAGCGUACACGUUGAUUGGCAAUGCCAUGCGUCUUGGUCUGAUACUAGGAUUGAAUCAUAACAUCUCUGAACGCCAAUGCACGGAUCCCACAGAGCGACAGCAUCGAAUUCGGCUCUGGUGGGCGAUAUAUGUCUAUGAUCGUAUGUGGUGUUCCAAAAUAGGUUUCCCACUUCAGAUCCGAGAUGAUGAUAUUCAUGUGGACAUGCCGUCCCAAGUCUCUUGCCCUGCGUAUGAGGAGCAGUUCUCCGAUACUGCAUACUUGGUCGCCAGUAUUCAGCUAGCUCGAAUCGUCGGUCAAGUUAUUGACAAAAUCUACAGUCACAAGCAGCAUCCAGAGUCGUUCUUGCAAAGAGAACAGCAACUGUUGCUUGCUCAGCAGGAGUGGCUGCAGUCACUCCCAGCACACAUCAAGCUACACACUGAUGGAGGUCCCCCACCGAAGCAUAUCGUCUCUCUUCAUCUGCAGUUCAACCAGUGUGUCAUCUUGGCUACACGUCCUAUUAUUCUUCACGCUCUUCUCCAUCAUCGAGGUCAUCGAGAAAAUAGCGAAGACCUCCCCCGGCCUGUCAUUACCCUGAGUGAAGCCUGUAUCCAUGCUGCACGGCAUUCGCAUGCUCUCAUCAUCGAAGAAUGGGUCAAUGGCUCUCUGCCUAUGUACGGAUACUUCUAUGCUCAGUACUUGUUCUCUUCUGCCACAGUUCUUGUCAUAUCCGGACUUCUGCCAGCUUUCGGCAACUCCGCGGAUCUUGACUCCCUUGAGGUAGCGAUUGAAAUAUUGUCUCGUAUGAGUGAUCAUGGGAACCUUGCGGCGGCGGAAUUUUACGAGAAUCUCAAGCAAGUCAAACAAUCUUUACCAGGCGAUGUCGGUAAAAGUGUCGAGAAAGCCGGUCAAUUACCCCGACAAUCGCUCCGAACGUCUUUCUCGCUCCCUCCAACAGGAGACCAGGCCAUCGAAAAUGGUGGCGUUUCACCUCUCCCCAUUGCAGGUUUUACCACUGAAAUGGCCUUUUUGGAGCCAAUGAUGCAGGACUUUCUCGGUAUUCCCGAUAAUGAGAUUGAAGCCAUCCAUCCCGAUUUACUCACUAUCGGAGAGUCAACUGGGGAGGAUUUUUGGCCAACAACAUUUUGGACGUCGUAA